AUGUCUGACAUCGAGGAAGAUCUGACCACAAAGAAGCUGAAGAUUGUCCUAGUUGGUGAUUCCGGGUCCGGCAAAACGAGCAUCGCUCAAAAGUUUUGCAACAACGAAUUUACGAGGCAGUACACGCCAACGUCUGGGAUCGACUUCUUCCUGAAGAACGUCAGUGUUGGCUAUUAUAAAAACGUUAAUUUACAUUUAUGGGACGUCGGCGGUCUCGCGUUACAUGGGAAUAUGUUGGACAAAUACGUGUUCGACGCACACAUUAUCCUUUUAGUCUACGACGUUACGAACAGCUUCAGCUUUGAAGUUUUAGAGGAAUGGAUAGAUAAAAUUAGGAAAUUGAACGAGAACUAUGAUGAGUCACCUUUGAUGGCUGUUGUUGGAAACAAGUGUGACAUGGAGCAUCAGAGGUCGGUGAAAAGGGAUCGAACACACAAAUUCGCUGCGGAUAAUGGAUUUCCAACGCAUGAUGUUUCUGCGAGAACUGGAGAAGCGGUGUCACUGUGUAUAGUGACCUUGGCCGCACAAAUCUUGGGCGUUCGAUUGACAAAGACGGAUCAAGAUUAUCACAAACCGAUAAUAAUCGCGGAAAUAGGCGACACGGUCGAUAUGAAUAUGAUUCAUAAAGUUGUAAAGAGGAUUCCUGCCAAAAGCUUUAAGAAUGAGAUAAACGGGAAAACGCACAUUGGAAGCAUCGAAAGGAAUCCAGUAAGAAUUUCCGACGACAACGAUUUUUAUAAUCAACACAAUAGUACUCAACUUUGA